GGCCGCCGCCUCCUCCUCCUCCUGCUGCUGCUCGCCCGCGGCCGGGCUGCCAUCCUGGGGCCGAGCCGGGGCCAGGAAGCGGCGGGCAGCGCCAUGGGGAACCGCUGCGGCUGCUGCGCCUGCCGCAACUGCCCUUCGCUGUUGAAGAGGGACAAAGGAAAAUCAGAUACAAGAAUCAGUAAGUCGAGUUUACAGACGCCAGAAAUCAAUAAGGGUCUCGAGGUGGGCCCUGUUUACGAUGACGUCUCGGAGUUCCCAGUCUAUGCCACGGUGAGCAAGCCGAAGAACAUGAAGCUGGACGACAGCAGUGUGCAUUACGCCGACAUCCAGGUCUUCACCAAGCCCCGCGAAUGCUCAGCCGAGGAGGGGAAAAGCUUCCCGUCGCAGAAUACGACGGAAUACGCCACCCUGAAUUUCCCCCGAGCGCCCCUGAAAUAUGACAACAAGAACGGGACUUUGGUAUAAGUGCCAGAGAUGCUGUUAAGUGACAUCCGAAACCUCAGUUGUUCCAGAGAGGAAAAAAAUCGCUAUCUGGAUCAAGUCAAAAUGGACUCUUGGAGGAAGAAUUAUUUUCUUGAGUGGGGUGGGGGGGAGAGAAAAUUAGCCCGUUGGGCAGUGGGAUAAGGGAAUAAGUUACAGAGGAAAAAUGGCUUCUUGGAUCGUCUUACGAAGCAAACUGGAGGCCGAAGUUCAGCUGAAACAUGGAAGAAGCAACAUAAAAGUUUUGCAAGAUCUUUUUUUAAAAAGAAAACCUUCUCCAAGCAAUCAUUUUAGGAUGUCUUUAUAUCAAGAGGGGUUCUUUUUUGAUAUAAAAGGGAGGGGAAAGCACACUACAGUAAACUUUCCAGGGUUCUUCGCUUGGAUGUUAAAUUUGCAGCAAUUCCUGGAGCAAAGGACGCGUGAAAAUUUGGCCGGUGUUGGAAAGGAUGGUAGGGAAGAAAUUGGCACGGAUUUUCUUUUGUGUGUGCAACAAGUGGAUGAUUCCUUCGGCAGCUCGGCGCCUGAAGAAACAAUGAUCCCUUUUCACCAGACUGAAAACUUGCUCCGGGGUGACCAGGAAUGGAGCAAAGAGAUUUUCUACGAGAGAAGAUUCCCCAGCAUAAUUUCCAGGCGGUGAAAUGGAUCCAGGAAAAAAACAAAAGACAAUUACGAUGUAAAAAAAUUAUGCAGAUUCCUCACAGGCUAAAAUUAGAUUAUUUUCAAGGGAAAAGAGGAUCAGGGCCGCCGCCCGCUGCCUUCUUAAGAGUGGGAAUCCUUGGAAGGAAAUGGUUUGGAAAAUAAGGCGGGUGAGGACUUUGGCGCAAAGGUGUGAGCUCUUUACCUGUCUUCUUUCUACACGUUGAGAUCAUUGACCUAUCUUUCUUUAAAGCAGUAUUUCUCAGCUUUGGCCAUUCUAAGAUGAGUGGCCUUCAACUCCCAGAAUUCCCCAGCUAUUGUGGAUCAAACAACUGAAUAAAGAACAACAGGAGUUGGAAGGGACCUUGGAGGUCUUCCAGUCCAACCCCCUGCUCAAGCAGGAGACCUUAUACCAUUUCAGACAAAUGGUUGUCCAAUCUCUUCUUGAAAACCUCCGGUGGUUCUGGAGUCAAAUCCUUCCACUGGUUGAUUGUUCUCACUGUCAGGAAAUUCCUCCUUAGUUCUAAGUUGCUUCUCUCCUUGAUUAGCUUCCAUCCAUUGCUUCUUGUCCUGCCAACAAUGAUAGUGGUAAGAAGAGAGGUCAGCAGAGAAGGAUGACCAUUGAAGAGAGUGGCUCAAGGGGUAAUGCUGUGGUCACCGGGCUUACAAAAAAGACACGGGAUCACUCCAUCCCUUAUUAACCCAGAUGAGGGUGAACACGAUGGUCUCCGACUCCUUUGGCUAAAGAGGUACCAUGUAUUUAACAGCUGAUCCAGUGUUUUGUCAAGAAGCACAAAAUAAAUUGCCCUAAGUAACAGAGGAAUUAGCUUUUGUUUUUUUAAACAAGUACUAUAUAGCAGAAACGCGCUCCCCGAUUUUGUCCUAGAAAAAGUUCCCCCAAUAAUUUAUGUUUAUUAUUUGCACUGAGUUUUAUCAAUCCCGAAGACACAUUUUUCUGUGUUUCCGAAUCCUAUUUAUAUUUAUUGAACUGGAAUGAGAUCAGAUUAGAAACGGGGGCGAGAUCUCUCCAUGCUCGACUCGCUUGAAUAUUAUUUCAAAAGGAUCACAGCGCUAGUCCUCAAGGCACCUGGAAAGAAUCUAAAAGAUAUCAUGAAGUGGGUUUUUUUCUUAAAGAUUUCUAAACUGUAUUUAUGACUUUAAAAGGUUUUCUCAGGAUUUUGACUAUUGAGAUUCACAGUGACCAGACAAUAAUUAUAUUUAAUUUAAAAAUAAUUUGGUAAACACAGACAGACCUGUGUUUUGGUGCAAUAUAAAUGAAAUAUUGGAGAAGACAAUAUUUGCACAGAGCCUGAAGUAUGAGGAAUUUCCCAACUUUAAAUAAUCGGAAUAAAAUAAAUACCAGUUAUUUUAAUGUUCAUUUGACGCAGUUAUGUUUUUAUGUUUUGGCAGGAAGAUGGGGGUAAGCCAACAGCCAGUGUGAACAAACCUUUGGAAGUGUCACAACCAAAUAUGGGAAUAUUGUAGGCUCUUUUUAAAGUAUUAAAUCCCACUUUUAUAGUACUAAUUGCCAGUUGUUUUCAAGCUAAUUUAUUCCAAACUUUUACAGAAACAGCAGAAA